UGUGAUACAAUUCAAUUACACAUGAAGUCGUGAAGCCAGAUUGUCGAUUUUCAGUGGACUUCCAGUACCAGGUACAAAGUAACUCUAGAGAUAUAGCAUGAUUAACCUAAAUGUGACCCCCAAGAUGAAGCUAGGGAAGAUAAAAAAAGAACAACUAAGGAAAUUUGAUCGAAGUGAGCUGGAUAUACUCAUUAAACUCUAUAAAGAAUUGGCAAAUCGCUCGGAAUCAAGAGGAAUAGAUAAACAGACAUUUCUACAGUACUUUAACUUACCAGGGCUUUGGGGGGAACGAUUGUUUCAUUAUUUUGAUACAAAUGGCUCAGAUUUCGUGGAGUUUGAUGAGUUUCUUAACGGAAUUGCAACAUGCUGCAGAGGCACAAGAUCAGAAAAAAUAAACGUACUUUUCCACGUAUUCGAUCUGCACGAUGAUGGCCAAAUUGAAAAAUCAGAAUUGGUGGCAAUGCUAUCUAAUUUCCCAAUCAUUGUAACGCAUAUGACUAAAUUCACCCACAGAAAGAGACAAUUUUGGGCUAAUGGACAUGGAGUAGACUACUUAUCGACGGCAUCCGAUACCGAUUUACAAACAUCAGAUCACUCAUACAAACAAUGUGAUUCUACUGAUGUGGAAUUACACAAAAGCUUAACGCCGGAAUCGACCAUGAAUAUUAAAAAGACAUUAAGAAUACCUUCAUCAGAUUGGAGGGAACUUGCCUCGUCAAUUAGUAAACUGUCAUUCCAAUCAGGAGAGUCCACAGACGCCCAUAGCAUGCAAUCUGAAAUAGAUUGCAUAGAGGAUAUUGGGGAAAACAUUACCAAUUCACCACAAAAUAAGGGUUGUGCUAACAGCCCUAAAGGAGUUAUUAAGUAUCACCAAGGAAUAUCGCAGACUACUAGUAUAGCCAAUAAUGCAUCGCAAUGCCUCAUUAAUAUUUCAGACGGCUAUAUUAGCGAACAUGGCUCGUCAACGUGUGACUCGAGCGACGAAGGAGAUGACGAUGAACCAAUACUGCACCAACAUGAACCAAACAAUAUAUCCAGCAAUUACAAAAAGGCGUCAGAUAUAGUAAAUAUCAAGGAUAGUUACUGGAUAGAUGAAUUAGAUACUAAAUCCAAGGAAAUGGAAAUGCCACAGUUUACAACUAAGCUAGAAAUACAAAAACAACGGUCAAGGAAAAGUAAAGGACAUAAUGAGAAAGGAAAACGAUAUAUACAAGGUAGAAAUAGAGCUAAAUCACUUGCGAUUGAAAUCAUACAGAGAGAGCAAAUGAUGGGCUCCGAUGAUAAUGCACUGGAAGCAUUGGUUGAACAAAUACUAGAAGAUGUCAAGUUUAGCGCCAAUGGGACACUUGACUUCGAUUCAUUCAAGUCGUGGAUAAAUACAAACCCAGCAAUACUCACCGCCUUCGCCGAAUAUAUGCAUGAAGAAGUAUGGGUACUGCACGGCAAUGCAUUCAUGAUUACACCAGAAACCAGACGCCUGAUGCAGUCCGAUAAAACAAAUAAAUAUCUGUCACAAAUUAAAAAUGGUGAACUAAAGGAUGCGGAUGACCUAACGUUGUACGAUAGCGGCAUACAGACAAAAUUAAAUAGGUUGUUCAUGGCCCAUGGCAAAAGAGGAGAAAACAUGGCAAGCGAUCAACUGUGGAACUACCUAUGCGAAUUACCAAAGAACAAUAGAAUUAAAAGAAAGAGCACGUGGGACAAUGUACUUAACGAAGGUUGGAUGAAUAUAAAAGGUGAAAAUAUCACGUCACCAAUAUCAUUCAUCAGGAGACCACUCUCAUGCCCAAACUGUAAGUCACCGUACUUCAUGUGCCCCAAGUGCUACAAAACGAACGACACGCUCUAUGUAAACUUUAAGAAGGGUAUACAUAUAGAAUGUACAAACUGUGUGAAACUCAACCCCGAACAAAGACUAGACAAGUGCUGGCUAUGCAAUUGGAACUUCGGCGACGCCAUCAAGCUGGUAUUUAUGAAUUCUUCAGACGCACGUAUUGAUACCGAGACAACGGGCCUGGGAAUCCAAGAUCCCAUAAUGACGAAGAUUGUGCAAAAUAGUUUAGAGCACUUAACAGGACAAAGUACAAGUGGGUUUGACACUAUCAUUACAAGCAAUGAUGGAACAUGGCCUCACUCUGUAGAAAAAUUAGUGAAAAAAGCAGGAUAUAUGUACAAAAAGGGUAGAAGGCUAAGGAGGUGGCAUAAAAGAUACUAUGUGCUUAUAGAUAACAUACUAUAUUACUAUAGAAGCGAACAAAGCACUAAACCCAGAGGAUGUAUCUUCCUGGAGGGGUACCACAUGGACCCGCUGCCAAUGAGACACGGAUCCCACAUGUAUGGAUUCAGACUAUUCCACACAGGAUAUACACCAACGCUACGCAACCUAUACCUCAAGAGCAAUGAGGAGUGCCUGGAAUGGGUAGAAGCACUCUCAAAGGCCAUGCACCAACAAAGCCUAAUGCAAUUGUAUGCCAUAGGGGAACAACUAGGAUAUGGUAAAUUCAGCGUAGUGUAUCGUGCUGUGCACAAAAGAACUGGAGAAGAAUAUGCAAUCAAAAUAGUAGACAAGAGCAAAGUGGGAUGCUUGGAAAGAGAUUUACUGAGAAGUGAAAUAGCAAUACUGAGACUACUUAGGCACAAACACGUUAUCUACCUCAAGGAAAUAAGCGAUAUGCACGAUUCGUUAUAUAUAGUCAUGGAACUGGUACGCGGAGGCGAACUGUAUGACCUAAUAAAACAGAAGAAGGCGCUGUCAGAAGCUUAUACCCACAAAAUCAUAACACAACUGCUACAAAUUGUAGCAUACCUACACAAAUGCGGCAUCGUACACCGAGAUAUCAAACCUGAAAAUAUUUUACUGACAGAUAAAAGUGAUACGGCAACGAUAAAACUAACGGAUUUUGGAUUGUCGACACUAUGCGGACCCAAUCAGCUGCUCACCCAGCCUUGUGGAACCUUGGCGUAUGUAGCACCAGAAGUACUAACCAUGGAAGGGUACAACCAAAAAGUAGAUGUAUGGUCUAUAGGCGUUAUUAUGUAUUUGCUUCUUAGCGGAAGACUCCCGUUUUCUGUAAGGAAACCUAUAACCACCGAUAUAAACGAACACUACCGGCUCAGGUUCGACGGUAAAAACUGGGAUUACGUCUCUACAUGCGCCAAAGAUCUAGUAGCACGAAUGCUACAAUCAGAUCCACACAAAAGGAUUUCAGUCUUUGAAGCAAUGGACCAUUUCUGGGUCAAUAACUUUGUAGAAGUCAACCAUGACGAACCUCACUCAACCGUGGGGAAUCUAGACAGUACUCAAGAGCUUAUCAGGGCACUCAGCAAUGCAACAGAUACUACAUUCGUCAUUCCAUACAGCGAGUCAUGCAUCGGUAACCUGAAGGCACUGCAAGCCGCAGAAGCCGAGGCUGCCCUGGAAACUGUACUGGAAUGACGAUC